GUUCAGGGCACUCCUUUUAGUGGUCGUACUCCUGCCUUUGACGAGUAUAUGAUAUGGUUUCGUCGCAUCACGAGGUUACGCCUGACGAAUCCAUCGAGGCGACCACCUUCUACACAUUAUCAGCCUGCGUCUGCAGAUAUAGUAUUGGCACAUACUUUAUCUGAUAUUGCUCAUAGGUGCGGUACUGUGCUAGAGGCUUCUGAGUCAUUGCCUCCAGAUAUGGUGCGUGACUUGUAUGCGCAGACAUUGCAGACUAUGAGGGGACUGUGUGUUGAUGCUGUUGGCCGAGCUGGACAUGGCCACAUCGUACAGGGCGUGCCUACUUCUGCUGGAUAUCACAACAAGAAUCCGUCGUUUUAG